CGCCUCAACCACAGACUGGUUCAGCUGUAGGUGCUGCAGGCAGCAGAAGUAGAGAAAACCAGACAAGAAAGCAAAGCAGCUGCAAUGGGAGUCGAGAAAAUGGAAAUGGAGGACACGGAUUCUACUCUGAUGGAGAAUGGCAAGAGGCCGCCUGCGCCCAAACCUCCCAACAAAUAUGAGACACUCUACCAGCCGUGCUUGGCUGAACUCGUGGGCACCAUGUUCUUCGUUUUCAUCGGCUGCGUGUCCGUCAUCGAGAACCUUCCGGCAACUGGACGCCUGCAGCCUGCUCUGGUGCACGGAUUGGCUGUGGCGGUGAUGGUGGCUGUUAUGGACAACAUCAGCGGCUCCCAUUUCAACCCUCCCUUCACUAUUGCCAUCUACCUGUGCGGAGGUAUGGAGCUGAUGAUGGUGGGGCCCUACCUGGUCAGCCAGGUGAUUGGAGGAGUGCUGGGAGCAGGAAUGGCAAAGCUGAUGACCCCUCCAGACCGCUACCGCAACGCCACAGGAGCAGCUUUUGACAUUCUCAAGUCAGAUGAGCACCUGUACAGGGCCCUUUUUGGCGAGGUGGCCAUGACCUGCCUGGUGACCAUGGUGGUGCUGCUGGUGGCGGUCAACGGCAAGACCAAAACCCCGCUGGCUCCGUUCCUGGUGGGCUGUACGGUCAUCAUCAACGUCCUGGCAGGGGCUGACGUAUCAGGAACGUGUCUGAACCCUGCCAGAGCUUUCGGUCCAGCUCUGAUGACCAACUACUGGUCCUACCACUGGGUGUACUGGGUGGGACCCAUCUGUGGAGGAGUGGUGGCCGCGGCUCUGCUCAGGGUCAUCCUCGGUGAUAAUAAGUUACGAGUCGUUAUGAAAUCAUAACAGCUUUGGUGAAUCGUAAAGUCAUGUGGUCUGUUUGAUGAUAUCGUUGUUUUUUUUCUCUCCUGUCGGUUCAUGUAAUGGGUGGAUGUUUUAUUUUUCAGUGUAAAAAUAAAGACAAAAUGGAUAAAGGAUCGUUUUUAAAAAGUUUUCAACUGUAAAUGUUGCUGUUAUUUCACUGGUUUGCCCUGUUUUGCUACUUUAUAGAAAAGUAAAAUCACAGAAAAGGGUAUUAAUUUACAUGCCACUUUCAAUAAAUAAAUAAUAAUAACAAAAAU